GCUAUGGCCCAUGCCUCUGAAGGAAGGAACGGCUUGGAUACAAAAGGUCAUCCCAUUUUAUUGUGCUGCUUAGCCCAUUUUCGACAGUAAUAACCUAUCAUGCCCAACCGUGUCUUGAUUAUUCCUUUGCAAAAUGGCCAGAAGACCUUUGGAAGUAGGGGAUAUAGGACUGGUGACAUCAUCUCAUCCCAAUCCCGUGCCGCGACAUGAUUGGACGAGAGCAGCAGAAAGAGGAGAGCGGAGAGGAGCGGGUGAUCAGAACGCCGGCAGACCAGGAGGAGGACGAGGGAAGGGACGCUUGCGCUUGCAGCUCCCGCUCUGCUCCUAGGAGACUGAACCCCACUUUUCUGACUGCUGGGAGGGAGACUGAUCAACAGGCAGGAUGGCUCGGGAUAUGUCCGAGAAGGACAUCCUGAAAAUGGAAAUUGAACAAUUGAAGAAGGAAGUCAGCACACCCAGAUCAGCGAUCUCUGCUUCUGCCAAAGAAACGAUCGAAUGGGUGGAGACCCAGUCUGCUGAAGACCCCCUCAUGAAGGGCGUCCCUGAGGACAAGAACCCGUUCAAGGAGAAGGGUGGCUGCACUAUUACAUAGCACAGGCCCUGUCUAGAACAGGGCGAAGUCGGUCGGUUAAUAUUUCUUUUUUUUAUUAUUUAUUUUUGUUUCCUUGGGAAUAGUCAGUUCCGUCGUGGAUCGUAGGGUGAUUUUGGAUGUCCGCUGUUCAGAACAUGUAUAUGUGUGUGGUGGAGAGGCUCUGUUAGAGUUCAGUCUGAUUUCUAUCACUAUGUCCCACGAUGUGAUUGGUGUUUGUCUUUGUAAAAUAAAAGCCACUUAGCUAUG